AUGUCAACCCUUACUAUUCUUAUCGCUAUGGCAAUGGUUUUGAUGGUAUCAGCGGGACCAUACGGAUACCGAAAUUAUGGAUACAACAAUGGCUACCGUAACCAGUAUGCUACUCCAAACUAUUACAAUCGUGGAUAUGGAUAUCAAGGAUACCGUAGUCCAUCCUACGGUAACUAUAAUUAUAAUAAUAAUUACUAUUAUCAAAACUCUUAUGCUCAACAACCCAGCUAUUCCUAUUCGAAUGGAAUUAAUUAUGAUUCUCAAGGAAACUCAUUUAUUGGAACAAAAGACAAUGGAAUUUAUCUAUUCUGCAAUGGAAUCGGAUGCCCAGGAAGAGGAUAA